AUGGCGACGAAUCGAAUCACCAAUACAAAGGCAGUUCAGGUGGCUGUGACGGAUGUUGAGCAGGCGACUCAGAGGAUUACUAAAGGGGCCACUACGACUGUUACUGUCGAUGUUUAUACAACGGUUACAACGGAUGUGACCGACGCUUCCACCGUCGAUGUUCUGACUACCAUCACAACUACAGUUUCUACUUUUGUUACAGCACCAACUCCUACAGUGUAUGUUCCUAGUACGAAGGUCCACUGCAACGUCAGUGGAGGAUCCGGUCAAUCCAUCAAAGAUCCCAGCUUCAGCGUAUGCCGGGACUUUUGCUUGAGCGAUUCGGAAGCGGCCAGCUUCAGAUUCAACUCCAACGUGUGCGACUGUUAUAAUGGCACUGUGAGUGCUGUGGUUACACCAGAUGCUUCAGCUCCUUGGACAUGGUACGACAUGCUAUGUGGUUCCGCCAACAAGCCUGCUAAGCGAGCAUUGAAGGCGGUGCAAGUACCCGAUUAUCUACCCAGCAAAGCUCCCAGCGACAUCAGCAGUGCCUGUUCAUGCCUAAUCCCCAGUCCCUCUGCCCCCACGACCGUAACCAUCACUGCCAAAGCCUCCAGAACCAUCACAACUACACAGACUAGAACAAAUACUUUCUCCGUCAACAAGCUGAGGAGCACGUUUGUCACAGACCGAAAGACUAGUACUUCUACCAGCUCUAGUAAGACCACGAAAACAGGCUCUGAGACUGUGACUCAAACGAAUCGAAGAAGCGCGACGGUUACAAAACCCGUUACUGUCACGGUUACGAACUUCAACACUGUUAUAGUGACUAAUACUAAUGUUGUUGAGGCUACGAACUACAACACGCUAUUCUUUACGAAUGUUGAUACUGUGGCUGAGACGGAUUAUAAUACCGUUGUUGUCACGAAUGCGGAGUAUUUCACGGUUACUCAGUAUUACACCACGGUGCAGACUGAUGUGGCUACGAGCGUGAUUACACCGGAUGCAGUCACUGUGACCAGUGGAACAACCACUGUCUGGGGCUCUUGA